AUGCGUCAAUCAAGCUCAACGAACACCGCACGCGCUCUCGCCGUCCUGGCCAACCUGGUCCCGCUCGCUCUUGCCGGCAGUGGGUCAGGGUCCGUCGACAACGUUGUCACGGCAGCCUCCUUGCUCGCCCAGGGCAGACAGCUUGUAGGCGACUACUAUAUCACGAGCGUAUCGACCGGACAGACCAUCUUGUACGAUCGUAGCGCAUCGCAAUCGUUCUAUCCUACCUCGGGCUCAGGCUCACCGAUCACUUUCAAGGCAAGCUUUUUCUGGUUACACCGAGACGCGUCUUACUUAUUAUGCCUUCUGCGUCAGGCACACGGCGAUGGGACCAACUGGAUGCGAAUGUCCGCAGGCAACAACAAGUGUGUCUCUGCGCAAUGGGGACCGGGCGGCUACGAUUGGGCGGCCGUCAUGUACGCUUGCGCUGUCGACCCGCUCGUGAAUAACAACCUCGAGAAGAGCAAACAACACUGGCUCUUCAUACCCGUCGACCAGGCAUCUGCUCAGAUUGGCAGCAAUAACCCUAAUGGCGGUGAUGAUGGCUCAGACAUCGGGAAUGGUGUCGGCUCCGGCGACAACUCUUUCCUGUCGGAACUCAAAAGCGUUGCUGGCUCAAAAGCAGUCGCAAACGCGUAUGUCCCGGCCGGCAGCUCUUCCAGCUCCAGCAGCGAUGACGGCGUGAGCUUCCUAAACACUGCGUCGGGCAAGUCAGUAAGCAAGACGACGACGACAAAGAAGACCACCACAAAGUCUAGCGCAAAGUGCCCGAAGAGCGCUGCAUUCGUCAGUCGCCAUCCAGGCUACGCGAAGAAGCACCCUGCUUGCAAAUCACUCAUCAAGUGCUCCAAGUCAUCCGCGUGGCUCAAGCGACACGGCAGCAGCAAGUGGUACAAGAAGCACCCAGAAUGCAAGGGCCUUGCCAAGCGCGAUCUCGAGGGCGACCUCUUCGAAUCGUUGCCAUCGCUCGAGAAACGCGAUGUCGACCAUUCAGAUCUUGCAAAGCGUGCCGUCGGAUCGUUCUACAUUAUUCCUUUCGAUCACCUGUACGACAUGGGCACACGCGCUCUGCAAGCGGGAUCGCAGAAUACCGGGUCUGGCUGCACAUCGACCCAGCUCGGCUCAUGGGAUCAGAGCGAAUCCCAGCAAUGGUACCUGACGCCCGCAUAA